AUGGAAAGCCCCGUGGAUCUCUGUUUUACUGAAGAAGGAUGUAGCAGCGGUAUAGUUCUCGAAAAGCAAGUGUUUCAAUCCAAAGUGCCAGAAUCCCAUGUUCAGCUUGCUUGCGGCCUUCAUUACUGUGCUUUUCCUUUGAAUGGGAAUGAGCUUUGUAUAUGGAAAACGAUUGAUGACACUGACCACCAGCCAUUACACUUAAUAGGACAUCACCAUUCAAUUACUGCACUGGCAUUUGGGAGCAAAGUCAAUCCACUCCUCAUUUGUUCUGCUUCAUGUGACUAUGUGAUCGUGUGGAACCUGGACGAAUGUUUGAAGAAGGUGCUACAAGGGUUAAUGCCACAAGGCAUUGUUAUAGGAACACUUUUGGGAAUGGUACUUUAUGUUCGAUUUAGUCCAGAUGACCAGACUGUGGCAGUAUGUGCUGGCAAUCGGAUAUUCAUGCUAAAUGCAAAGGAUGAGGCUAUACUUGCUGAAUUGGAAGGCCACCUGGCUCCAGUGACCGCUGCUGAGUUUUGUACUUGGGAGAAAAAUAUACUUAUAUCAGUUUCUGAAGAUAGAAGCUUUAAGGUAUGGGACUAUUGUACUGGACUAUUAAUAUAUCAAUCAACAGUGAUAACAGCAUUUCCUCUCUUAAGUCUCUUCAUUGAUGAAGAAAAUAAACAGAUUGUCACUGGAUGUGCAGAUGGACAAGUGUGGAUCUUCAGCUUGAUUAGGGGACAUCAGUAUCGCUGUGUGGUACAUAUCGAUGUAAAAAAAGAGAGAGAGAAAUUUUACAGAAAAAUAAGGAAAUCUGAACAACUAGAUGAGGUUCAGAGUGCUUCCAAGGUAUAUAUUCCAAAUGAAUUAAGGACAGAAGAAACAGUUGAGACCACCUUUCCUGUUCUCAGAAUUGAGCACUGUGACAAGUUUGUAAAUUUAAGUGAUGAAGAACAAAGUUGUUCUUCAGUGAAUGCUCGAUGCUUGUGGAUAGGAACUUCCACUGGUUUAUUCAUAAUUAAUCUGGAAAAUUUUGAGGUGGAAGCUGUUUUACAUUAUAGAGAUUACAGUGCCCUCAGUAUUCAGUUUGCUGGAUCAUGUGCUUUAAUGAGGAAGGCAGUUAGUGGUAAGGUUUUCUGUUUGCUGACUUCAAUGUUUGAGAAUAGAAUUGCCUUGCUGGAGAUUAAUGUUGCUGCCCUGUUGAGGUCUCAGCAGAGCAAGCUUCUUGUAAGUGGCAGGGAGAAAAGUCUUUCAGUUAUUGCCAGUUGCUCUCUUCUGCCAACCUCUCCCUUGUGCAUGAAGAAAGAAAAUGAAGUUGUCAACAAAAAAGAUAAGUUGGAUAAAAAGAGCGCAAUAAAAGAUAAGCCCCUGGUUUUCCACAGCAAAAUUAAGUCAUCAGGUUACACAUCGAUGCCACAAAUGACCAUGUUUUCUCCAAGGACUACUGCCAAGCAAAGCAGUUUGGCAUCAAAGUGCAAGAGAAAUUGCAAACAAAGAAAUAAAGAAGACUACCUGUUGGCACAUUCUCCUCCAACCAAAUCUGAGAGGCAUAUUACUGUAGCUGAUAAGCCAACUUCUAUAUGUUGUAUUCAGUACUCAGGAGAUGGAGAGUUGUUGGCUUGUGGCUUAGCUGACAAAACUUUGCUGGCAUUCAGCUCAGACCUUAAAGGAUCACCAGCUGUUUAUUCAGGGCACGAUGGUGCUGUUACUUCAGUGGGCUGGAGCCAUGACAAGAAAUGGCUUGUUUCGUCUUCUGAAGACAGAACCCUAAGGAUCUGGUCAGUCAGCAAUACAGAGCCCGCUUUAUGUCUGGGCAAGGAGAUGUUUCAUAAACCUAUCAGAUCAGCACAGUUUUAUUAUAUAGACACCUUUAUAUUGCUGUCUUGUGGGGCAGAGUUUCAUUUGUUGAAAUACUUCCUUGACACCAGCAAGGAUGACAUAAAACGGUACAAAAAUAAGAGCUUUUGCAAAUCAAUACAGAAAUUUCUGAUGGCAUCUACUGUAGAAAUUACCAGCCUUGCAGCAGUAAAUGAAUUCUACUCUUAUAUUGUACUGGCAGCUGGUAGUAAUCGAGUGCUGGAAGUAUUUGACCUCAAUGUGGGCUGUAGUGCAGCAGCGAUACCAGAUGUUCAUUCAAGAGCAGUUCACCAGAUUUGCCAAAAUAAGGGAUCAGCUUUUAGCGCUCAACAAUUUGACGCUUAUAAUCUUUUCUUAACGACUGCAGUUGGUGAUGGCAUAAAACUCUGGGAUUUGAGAACACUAAGGUGUGAACGCCGUUUUGAAGGACACAGAACCCGCUGUCAUCCUUGUGGAAUUGCUGUUUCUCCGUGUGGACAAUUCAUUGCCUGUGGCUCUGAAGAUAAAUGUGCUUAUAUCUAUGAAAUGAAUUCAAAUACCUAUUCCCAUAAGUUGACAGGACACUCAGAGUCUGUAAUCAAUGUGGCUUUUAGUCCUUCAUCUCCCCAGCUCACCACUGCCACUUUGGAUGGCAAACUGCAGUUGUUCCUACCCUGAUGACGAUCAGCCUCGACACCUUUGGCUCAGCUACACUGAGAGUAAAAUCUCCCUGAUGGAACAGAGAAGAUUAGUAACUGGGCAAG